AUGUUAUCGGCCAAGCGAGUCGAAGGAGCGGGGCCGAAGGCGAAGCCGAUUGGGGAAUACUCCAGCUCAGCGGAUCCGGAAGGAGAGGCACAACAGACGGCGAUCGGACGGGAAGAGGCGGUGGGGAUGGUGAUGAUCAAAGCUGAGCGUCCGAUCAAGAAGCGGCGGUCGCCGUCGAGUGUUGGUCAUCAUCAGCCGGAGCAGCUGAGUGAAUCCUCGUACGGGGGCCAUUGGCGGCAGUCAUCAGAAGACUCCAGUGUGCCCUCGGUUGUCGAGCUCAAGUCGCAAUAUCCUCUCAACCCUUCCGGCGACCACUCUCGCUCUCUUCGCCGCUCUGGCCUAAGCGCGCUCCCUACUAAUCCUACCAAUAAUCCAUUCGAUGACUUCGAAAUCCUCGACAACAAACAGCUCCCUGAAGAACGCAAUCAGACUCUACUGUCGUCCGGCGAAGACAAAAUCGACGGCUUGCAGGAUUCUUCCAACGGCUACUUCCGGCCUCCUGAUAAAGCCGACCAUCAUGAUUGUUUUUCUUGA